ACCCAGCUGCACCCCCAGCACCAGCGGCUGCUGAGCCAGCGGCAGCAGCAGGGGGGACAGGCACACAGCAUCUCCCCCAAGAAGCUAUGGUAUCCUAAAGUGGACCCUUAUGCGGGGCUGAUGACCUCCAAGGAGAAGGACUGGGUGGUCAAGGUGGAGAUGAUCCAGCUGCAGAGUGAGAACAUGGAUGAUGACUACUACUACCAGACCUACUACCACCGGCUGGAGCGCAAGCAGGCGGAGGAGGAGCUGUUUGGUGGCCGCAACAAGCAGGAGCCCCCCAAGCUGGUCACCCCCUUCAUCCAGAAAGUGGAGACCUAUGACUCUGUGGUGCGCAUCGCAGGCUCGCUCGGCCAGGUCGCUGUCUCCACCUGCUACAGCCCUCGCCGCGCCAUCGACGCUGUGCACCAUGCCCUGGUGGAGGAGGCCACAGGGAGUCACCGUCUCCGGGCACUGCACAGGAUCGAGAAGCUCUUCCUACAGCUGCUGGAAGUGGAGGAGGUGCAGCGGAAGAUGUCCCUGGCUCUGGAGAAGCAGCAGCAGCCCUGCUGUCAGGAGCAGAAGAGCCAAGAAGUGGAGAGUAUCUACCAAGCCUUGAGAAUCAGGGCUUGCAGCAGCCAAGAGGAGGCAGAGGAUGAGUUCCUGCAGCUCCUGUGUGUUCGGAAGGGCAAGAAGCUCCUGGCCCGGCUGCUGCCCCACCUGGCCCGGGAGCAAGCGGAGAAGCUCCUGCUGACCAUCACCCACCACCUGCCCUUCCUCAUGAAGAAGGAUGUGCUGGAUGAGUCUCUCUCCCUGCUCUACAACCCCUUGAACAAGGUGGUGGCUGGGACCAGCUUCAGCAAGCUCAUCGAGGUCCUGCAGGAGAUGACCAGGCCUCUGCCUGACUCCCCUGAGCUCCCCCUCACCAUGGCCUUGAAGAACCAGUUUGGGAUCUCUUUGCUGUACUCCCUGCUGAGCCACGGCGAGAGGCUGCUGUCCUGCGAGGUGCCGCUGGAGCCCUGCCCGGGGGACUUCGAGACGUGGACGGACACAGUGUUCCUGGUUGCCCGGGAGCUGUCGCAGGUGCCCAAGGCCGCGCUGGUGGAGCCUCUCUUCUUGCCCAGCAACCUCCUCUCGCUCUUCUGCCGCUACCUGGACAAGCAAACCAUCCACCACCUGGAGGUCAAGAUGGAGUGA